CACUGCUUUAUUCUUUAUUCGAGAAUCGAUCUUCUCUUCUGAUUGAGUGUGUCGUUGUGUCGACGACGGUUCUUUUAUUCCACGAAGAUUUGCUCGAAUCAUAAUAUUAAUUGUUACAUUGCAACAGUGUUAAAAUGGAAUCCAGCAAAUCCGAUUCCACGCCGAAACAAGCUAUGGUAUACAUUUGCGGAGAAUGCCAUCACGAUAACGAGAUUCGUCCCAGAGAUCCAAUUCGAUGCAGGGAAUGCGGAUACCGAAUCAUGUACAAGAAGCGCACCAAGAGACUCGUUGUGUUUGAUGCACGAUAAGAACAGCGAGCGACGGACGAUGAAGAUACGUUAAUUUUUUCUAGAUUCGUUAGAAUAAUUUAUUUUGUACAUAAGGGUCACCUGAUUUUCAAUAAAAACAAUACAGUAUUUUACCGGAAA